AUGGUGUCUUCAAAAAUCGCCGCGAUUCUUGCCUCGACUCCAUCGCCGACAACAUCCCAGAUCAUUCACCUUUACCGGGCGCUUUUCCGAAGACUUUAUUACUCGCCGAUAGAUUCGCAGUGCUACGAAAUCUUAUUGACGUUACAACGGCAAAAGUUCGCCAAAAAAACCACUAAUGUGGCCUACCAUUAUGCCGUGGGCCAGAAAUAUUUGAACUUGGCGUAUCGUGCCUUUGUCAAUGCCCAGCAGGAUCUGUUACAGGAAUUGUUGGCGUUGGCGUACAAGUCUGCCGACUAUCGUGCGUCGUCGUCCCCUCCAUGGCUCAGGUUCUUCACCGCCACCCAAAACUACAAUUUACAAGACUUUUGGCCAGUUAAAAAAGUGGAGCUCCUCAACCCCAAGGCACUAAAAGAUGAAAAUUCCACCCAGACACAAGAAGUGGAAAGACAAAUACGCUUGGCCCCAUCAGUGUUUGGCAACAUUCGUCAAGAAAUCGACCAAGGACUAAUAAAAAUCAAGAACCCCCAUAAGAAACAACCGGAAAUCCCUGACAAAGUGCUAUCUCAAGCAAAAGAAUCGGUAGAAAAAGUUGAAACUUUAUACAAAUUCCUCGAGAAAAACUCUGGAAAAAUCCACGAUAAAUCCCUUCCAAAAUUUCUGCCAUUGAUUCCUUUACACCGCACUGGUCUACCAUUGGUAUAUGAACGACAAAGAAAUAUCGUAUUGACGCGUAUCAAUGCCAUCAAAAAAUUGAUGCUUCAAAUCCCACCAGUGGCCAAUCUACAGCUACAAGAGAAUGACCAGAACCUCAAGGAACGUAAACAAAGAAUAAAGCAUAGAAGUUGGCUAUUAUCAGCUCAUCCAGAACGGUUUAGCGAUAUAACCAUGAGUAGCGCUAGCUAUAAAAUUCACUACAAGUACUACUCUGAAGACUUUUUCUCGUCUCAAUUCAAAGAAUUUUCAGGACACCAAUACUACUUCGACGAAAACGACACUCCAAUCUAUUACUCGGACCAACUGGUACCAAUAGUCAAAGAAACAUUAUUUAAUGACAUGAAAUCCUAA